CCUGAGACUCCGCGCACCAGAGACCCAAGUUGGCCACUGCGGAGCGCCGCGGGCUACGAAUCGCGAUUGACCGCGGGCCCCGCUGCUCGCUCUCGUGUCCCCUUAACUGCGGACCCCCGUUGGAGCCGGGCGUGCCGGACUACUGGCCACUGCAAGGGAAGAGAGAACCUCUUCUCCGCCUCUGCCAAAGAACUAGGCGCGCUGGAAGAUUUAGUGGGAGCGACGGUGCCCAGGUGCGAGGGGCUGAGGAGUUCGGGACCUGGAGAAAGUUGAGCUUGGCGCCCCACCCCCCGCACUGUCAUCUCUGAACGCCUGGCCGCUGCAGCCAAGGACAAGCGCGGGGGGCGAUGCCAGGCAUCCCCCCGGGUUGGUGAGCGCCCAGCUCCCUGCUGCCCCAGGGCUUGCUUCCCCGCCUGCAGGACGCUGGGCGGCGAGGUCGGGAGUGGCCGCGCUGUGGUCCAUCUAGGGCCGCUGGAGCGCAGCCGACGCACCUGACCUGGACUUUGAAUUCUCUGUGAAGUCGUACGUGCACGGAGUGCGAGCCCCCGGGAAUCACUCCUUUAUUCUUACAGCCUGGGCAACUGGGGACGCCCCCAGAUGACCAUGAGAGAUAAGGACUGAGAGCCAGCAAGGGGAAGCUAGUCCGCCAAGAGGUGGCGGGGGCUGCCCACGUCCACGGCCAUCGCGGCCUCGCUCCGCUGCUGCACUCCUCGCCGACUCGCGGGGCCAGCCCGGCCGGGCGGGGAUGCCGGGGCUGGGACGCAGGGCGCAGUGGCUGUGCUGGUGGUGGUGGGGGCUGCUCUGUAGCUGCUGCGGGCCCCCGUCGUUGCCGGUGGCCGCUGCGGCUCGCGGGGCGCAGCUGGGGGACGGCGGGAGCCCGGGCCAUGCGUGGCCGCCGCCGCAGCAGUCCUCCUCGUCCUCGGGCUUCCUCUACCGGCGGCUCAAAACGCACGAGAAGCGCGAGAUGCAGAAGGAGAUCCUGUCGGUGCUGGGGCUCCCACACCGGCCCCGACCGUUGCACGGCCUCCAGCAGCCGCAGCUCCCCGCACUCCCGCAGCUUCAGCCUCGCGGGGAGCCCCCUCCCGGGCGGCUAAAGUCUGCGCCCCUCUUCAUGCUGGAUCUGUACAACACCCUGUCCGCCGACGACGACGAGGACCCGGCGUCGGACGCCGGGAAGCGGCAGCCCAAGUCCCGCGGAGAGGCUGGAGCGUCGCUGCGCCGUUCACCGCCCCCAGGCCCCGCGCACCCCCUCCACCGCAAGAGCCUCUUGACUCCGGGCCCUGGCGGUGCGUCCCCCCUGACCAGUGCGCAGGACAGCGCUUUCCUCAACGACGCCGACAUGGUCAUGAGCUUUGUGAACCUGGUGGAGUACGACAAGGAGCUCUCCCCUCGCCAGCGGCACCACAAAGAGUUCAAGUUCAACCUAUCCCAGAUUCCUGAGGGUGAGGCGGUGACGGCUGCAGAAUUCCGAAUCUACAAGGACUGUGUUGUGGGCAGUUUUAAAAACCAAACUUUUCUUAUCAGCAUUUAUCAAGUCUUGCAGGAGCAUCAGCACAGAGACUCUGACCUCUUCCUGCUGGACACUCGUGUCGUGUGGGCCUCUGAAGAAGGCUGGCUGGAGUUUGACAUCACGGCCACUGGCAACCUGUGGGUGGUAACCCCACAGCACAACAUGGGGCUUCAGUUGAGUGUGGUGACGCGGGAUGGUCUUAGCAUCAACCCCCGUGCUGCAGGCCUGGUGGGCAGGGACGGCCCUUAUGACAAGCAGCCCUUCAUGGUGGCCUUCUUCAAAGUCAGCGAGGCACAUGUGCGCACUCCCAGGUCAACCCCUCGCCGUCGGCAGCAGAGUCGCAACCGCUCCCCACAGGCCCAGGAGAUGCCCAGGGUGACCAGUGCAUCCGAUUACAACAGCAGUGAGCUGAAAACAGCCUGCAAGAAGCACGAACUGUAUGUGAGCUUCCAAGACCUGGGAUGGCAGGACUGGAUCAUUGCUCCCAAGGGCUAUGCAGCCAACUACUGUGACGGAGAAUGCUCCUUCCCACUGAAUGCACACAUGAAUGCCACCAACCAUGCCAUCGUGCAGACACUGGUUCACCUCAUGAAUCCCGACUAUGUCCCCAAACCCUGCUGUGCACCCACGAAACUCAACGCCAUCUCUGUCCUCUACUUUGACGACAACUCCAACGUCAUCUUGAAAAAAUACAGGAAUAUGGUUGUGAGGGCCUGUGGAUGCCACUAACUGAAAGGGGUUGCAGGAACACGAAUGCCAUCCCAGAUUCCUGGGCUACAUGUGCCUUAAGAGCCCUGGAGUCUGGUGGGGGUGGAAGGAGGUGUGGCACUACCUGGUGCUGGCUGGUGCCUUCCUGCCCAGGAUUUGCAAGGACCCUGUUGACAGCUUGCUCACAAGUAGUUGCUGGUCUGUAGGAAGCUAAGUUUGAAUGUCUGUAAAACAGUCUGGUAAUUGCAGGGAUGUAUCUUUGAAGGGUCUCCCCCACCACCCACAAAUGUAGUUUUAGCUUUGAAUUAAGCUAUUGUGAUGUUAGCAAGUAAAAAGGAAAAAAAAAAUACUCUUCAAGGAGUACAAGUGUUCUUGGCUAAAGUAUCAGCCUGAUAAGUGUUACUCAAAAACAAAUUUUAUGGAAAAUGCCUCUACUUGUAGAUCUCAUCCCAGGAAGGUCAGUUUCAUGGGGAUCAACAGCCCUGUAACCAGAGCUGUGGAAGUGCCUUUGUACAGACGCUGCCCUUUGGGUAUUUGUGCUGGAGUUCCAUGGGUGUGAAAACAUUUUUCAGUCAAAACAGUCCCUCUGGUUUCCACACUCCGUGGCUUCCCUGUCGCUGUUCUCUUGGCUAGAAACGAAAACUGGCCUAGUACCCUCUGAAGUGAGGUUCUGAGAGGUGAGCAGCACUCCCGGCAGCCACUGUUUUAAACCAGGUGAAAAAGCCCAGGAAAGCAGUCCUGCAGCUUUCUUUGGAAUGGUUCUUUGAAAAAGCACAUUGACUUCCGGAACGUUCAUCAGCUUUGACAUCUUCUUUCAUUAAACUAGCUCCUCCACUUUUCUUCUACGGCAGGAGUGGGGAACAUUUUUUUUCAUAGCAACAUUAAGUGCUACUUAAGUUGAUAAUUUUGUAUGGCCUGUGAGUAAUGUUAUCUAUAUCCAAAUGACCCUUAGCAGGGAAAGGCUCCACAGCCCUGAUCUACAGUACAUACCAUGUUACAGGGGUAGAGAAAGGGGUUGGAUGGCUACACUGUAUAUGAACCUAAGUCAGUUUUCUCUUGUAGAAAGCAAAAUUCAAGUCUUAGACUAUUUCUAAAUGUCUUUUUAACAAUCAUGUACUUGGAAGCAGAUUUCAUAUUAAAUUGAUUAAAUACAUUUAUGAUCUAUAACUAUUUGUACUUAACAGUUUUUUUGUAAAUAUAAGCUAUAAUUUAUUGUCUAUUUUAUACCUGUUUUGCUGUAUUGUCUAAGGAAAGCACAGACCUUUUUUUUAAAAAAAAUUUUAUUUAGAAAGCAUCAUAGUGUAAACAAAUUUGUACCACUUUGAUUUUAAUACAAGACUCAUGAUGCAAAGCAGAAACCACUCAUGAGGGUUGUGCUUCUCUAGAAAGUUUUUUUUUUUUAAAGAACAUCUGUGAACCAGACGUGAUUAAUAAAGAUUUCCUUUAAGGCA